GAGAAGAUCGUCCCCAUUCUGAAGAAGAAACUGCCGGGAGCCGAUCUGUCUGGUCGCCUCAUUGGCUCUGCACCAGUGGCAGGUCCAUCUACCUCUUUGACCACCAUGUCCUUGCUGGCUAAGAACACACCUUCCCGCUCUGAGAUGACCAAGGUGCAGCAGCAGGUGAAAGUGAACGGGGCAUCGAUGACGGUACUGCGGAGGGAGAUGCAGGAAAUCCGGGUGAAGCAGCUGGAGCAGCAGAAGCAGCUGCAGGACCAGGAGCAGAAGCUGCAGGAACAGAGCCAGGUGAUCGCUGAGCAGAACGCCCGCCUCGCAGAGCUGGAGCACAAGCUCCGUGAACUGAUGGAGAGUAGCGCCGCUGCUAUCGGAGGACCCAGGCCCAACACAACUGUCCCCUCCACAUCCAGCAGCUCCGCUGUGUCUUUCACUGCUGCCGGCACGUCUGCUGCUGUCUUGACAGGCGUGGCUGCAGCCUCACCCAGGGAGACGGAGGGUGAGGUAGGGUCUUCGCUAAAACGCACCAGAAAAAGCUCAGACCUUCCACGACAAUCCAAACGGCUGCGCAGCAAGAAAUGAGAAACUCAGUGUGUCAUUUAGCUCAAGUUAUUUUGAUUUUUAAGGUCUGACGGAUCACAUCUUAAACCCAGUGCCCAGAGUUAUCAGCCACUCCACCAACACACUUCCUGUAUACUGUCUCACACACAGCGCUGACACCACCCGCUGCGCUGUGGGAUAAUUCUCUGCUGUCCAAAGCACUGAACCCUGAACGUCAUCCAGGACUUUGCACGUGGUUAGGUUUGUCGUUACAGAACUGUUAAUGUCUGACUUUCCUUUUGUUAAAGACUCGCCUAAUAAUACGUUACUAUGUAAACACGUCACUAGUUUAUAGUUUCACCUUUGAAAAGGUCAUUCUCAGCUAC